UUCGCUCCCGUCUCCACGUCCUACCACUCUCCACCGCGCUCCCGCGUGCUAUGCCUCUCACUCUCCCCCACCGCUUCGCGUGGCCGCACGCCGCUCCCCUCGUCGCCCUCGCCGCGACCCCCACUCCCUCCCCUCUCGUCCCCGCGCGUCGCCGCGCAUCCUCUUCGAUCGCUCGCGCCGCCGCAAGAGUGGACGACUCGUCCUUCGACGCCGCCGCUUUCGAGGCCGAGCGCCUCCGCCUCGACGCCGAGGCGCGCGCGUCCAUGGCCUCCGCCGCCGCCGCCGCAGCCGCCGCCGGAGACGGGGGAGAGGAUGCGUCAGAGCACGAGGGACACGGCGAUCCGAAGGCGUGGAAGUGGAGGAUCCGGAAGAGGGUUUGGGAUCUCAUGGAGGCGGAGGGGAUUGCCCGGAACCCUCGCCCCGUCCACCACCGGAUCCCUAAUUUCGCCGGGGCCGCCGACGCGGCCGAUAAGUUAGGGAGAUUGGAAGUGUUUCAGAAUGCGCAAUGUGUAAAGGUCAAUCCCGACUCUCCUCAGAAGCAAGUUCGCUUCUUAACCCUUGCAGGUGGGAAGAAGCUGUUGACCCCACAACCGCGACUUAGGACUGGAUUCUUUUCAGUUUUAGAAUCUCGAAUGUUACCUUCUGGUGCUAUAGCAGAGGCAUGUACUUCUGUGGGGGCUGCUAAAUAUGGUAGGCCUAUUGGUCUUGAUGAGAAAAUAGAAGUGGAUCUGAUUGUUAUUGGGUCAGUUGCAGUUGAUCCAAGAACUGGAGCACGACUUGGGAAGGGCGAGGGGUUUGCCGAGCUCGAAUAUGGAAUGCUUCGUUUCAUGGGGGCUAUUGAUGACACAACCAUUGUUGUAACAUCUGUGCACGACAAGCAAUUAGUGGAUGACAUCCCAGUUGAAAAACUUUUAAUCCACGACGUACCGGUCGACAUUAUCUGCACUCCAACUCAGGUCAUUUUCACCAAUACUACUAUCCCGAAGCCGCAAGGAAUUUAUUGGGAAAAAUUAUCACCGGAGAAGCUGGGCCAAAUCCGUAUUCUCAGAGAGCUCAAAAAGCGUAUAGAGCGAGAGACUGGCGAAGUGCUUCCUUGUGGGCCUUCUGAGAAACUUCCUCCCACAGCUCACCGGAGACGAUAGCAAGAGGAUUUUCUUUUUCCUUUUCCAAAAUUGUAAUAAAAUUGAUAUGCCUAUGUGGUGCACGUUCUAGAUGAUUGUCCCUUUACUUUUUCUUUUUUUGGCUGUUGAAAAUCGAUACUCCUAUUAUCUAUAAAAGAGUAAUUCCGUAUGA